UUCGGCGCGUGCACAAAGGUAAAGGUGAGCGGCACUCUGCUACUUCCGCGCUCGUGAGAACUUGUAAAGUAAAAGCUGAAAAAAAAGUUAAGAGAAAAAUUAGGUCUCGUGUUUAUGAGUGACCGAGAGCAGGCAUGGCUGAGUCCCAGCUACAGUGCAUGGAAGACGGUCGGAUCGGUGAGACCAUCCCCGAGUCCAGGCCGGAGUUUUAUUACAGUGAGACGCACCGGACAGCGCUCGAGGAGCUUCUACGGAACGGAGAAGGUGCCUUCAAGACGCUCCUCCAAAAGGACAACGCUAAGGACUUCCUUUCGCCGCCUGAGGUCCAUGUGAUCCAAAACACCGUGGAAGAGUACAGCACGCAGGAGGACAACAACGCGGCAGCGACGGCUAGUAAACAUGCAGGCGACUCGACGUCUUUACGCUCGACCUACUGGCCUGAGGUGUCCGACACCGAAACGCCGCUGCUGGACAUCGGCUGGCCGCAAGCUUUCUUUUUUAAAGGGGUCCCGCGCGUGUUGGUGUUCGCGCACCCGCCUAAAGACAACGGGCCGCACAUUAAAGAAGUUGUCCGUAGGCUGAUCCAAGAGGCACACAAGGUUGUUGCAAUUGUGAUGGACCUUCUCACAGAUCUUCAGAUCCUACAAGAUCUCCUGGAUGCAGCAUCCCGGCGUAACGUUUCUGUCUACAUUAUACUGGACAGCAAGGGAGCUCCGCACUUCAUCAACAUGUGCAACAGACUGGAGGUCAGCCCGAAGCAGUUCCAGAACAUCCGAACUCGCAUGUUGAGAGGUGUUGGACUUGACCUGUCCUAUGGAAGGAUCCCCGGGAGUUUGAACAACAAGUACAUGCUUAUAGAUGGAGACAAAGUGAUGUUCGGAUCAUAUAGUUUCUCCUGGAGUUCAUCCCGUAUGGACAGAAACAUGAUCACCAUUAUGUCAGGACAGAUUGUGGACUUCUUCGACCGGGAUUUCAGGGAGCUUUACGCCAUCUCACGAGAGCUCAAACUCUUCAAGGAGUUCAAAAUCAGUAAACCUAGCAAAGCUCUGUCAACCCGGAUGACCGUAGCGACACGGCCCGCGUUGCCCGCAACCUCCCGCUUCCAAGUGAGUCUGGGAGACAAAGGAACUCUGAAAGUUCCCGCCCACAAAUACUACAACCCCAAAUACGAGCUAGCAUUUGGUAGGCUUCCUGAAGACAUCAGUCGACAGGAUCUAAUGAACAAAAUGGAGGAAUCUCUCAAAAGGUAUGCAGCAGAAGGGAAUCCAGUGGACGAGGACAACGAGAUACAGGAAACGCACACCCCACAUUCGUCUCUGAGUAGCAAAAAAGGUGCCAAAUUAAUAUGUGUGCCAUCAAAAAAGAAGAAAAGGUUUUCAUUCCUGCGAAAAUCAAAACAAAAAGGAGCUGGUAAGAUUGAGGAAGAAAAAGAGGUUGAGGGUGAGCCUGGGCCUGGGCCUUCAACUACAACAAAAUUGACCAGUACUUUAGAGGACAUUACAGAGCUCCCAGAGGAACCUACUGCUGAAACACAGACGUCUGAGAAAACAAAGAGUAAAAAGAAGAAGAAGAAAAAGCGCACGUCAUCACAAAGUGAAGAUCAGGGUUCAGAAAUCCAGAAAGACAGCAAGAAGAGCUGCGUCAUCUCCUGAAGACUUGAAUGAUAACAAUUGCACUUGAAAUUCUGAAAUCCAAGUUCACUCCAAUAGAGGCUAAUCCGUCAGCAUCAGCUAUAUAUCGUGUCAUUUUGUAUGCUACAGAUUAGCCAAGAUUAGCUUGGUUGCACCCAAAACAUGUUUUUGUUGACUCCUAAAUCUUAUUUCUUUUGGCAAAAUACAACAUCUAACCUGUGCUAGAAAGCAGAAUAACACCAAGUGAUGCUUAUAGUCUAAGAUGGGUGCCUAAAUUGCAUGUUAACUGAUGUGUGAGGGAUAAAAAUAAUUUGAUUACUUAUCAGUAAUACUGCAUUACUGUCAUUUUAUGGUUGAGACUUUGAUCGUAGAGCCUCUGAUAGUCAUAAAACUAAACUACUAGCAUUACACACGAGCUAUCAAACAGAGAAGCUAAAGGCUAGCACAGGCCUCCUCAAAAACAUGAAGCAAGCCACAAACCUUCUUUCUAAUUCAAACUACACAUAUAAGACUUUCAGAGGAAAAUAGAAACCUAUGAUUUGCUAGUUCUGGUAGAACUGCCAGGAAAAAGUGAAAAAUGAUUUCAAACAAGUGCUAUUGCUAGUUGUUUUCUAGGUCAUUCCAUGAUCAUUCGGUUUCAGCAAAUGUACCUAUGUUGGUCCUUUGCAGGAAACCUGUGGGGAGUGUGGACUAAUGCUAACCCAUAAAAAUCACACAUUAUACAGUGGGUUUUCAUCGGGCAGCCCAAACAUUUUCAUCAUAGCACAAAAUAUGGAUAAUGUCACACUGAUGAGCAAACCCCAUGCCCCACUGUCCUAAAAUUAGCACGUUUGCUAGGAUGCCUCUUCUGAAUAACAAGCACGGCAAACAGAAAUGUUGUCCUUGUCGUUCGUUUUUACCAAGUAAAAUCACUUAAAAUUUACUCCAGCUGCUAUUUCAUACUAUUCUUUUGAAUUUUACUUGGGACAGUUGUUGAUACAAUUGUUUUUGUUUUUGUAAAGGUGCAAAAUAAUCCACUUAAAGCCGUUUCUUACAGACAAAGAAGCAAGGCAUGCAUCAAAAUGAAGAAAAAGCAGGUCUAAAUGCAACAAAGAUGUCUUUGCUAUGUUUCUGCAUUUGGCGUGAAAAAUGCCCCCUUAAGUCUCAGGAACACUAAUCCUUUAACUUCAGUGUUGGUUUAAAUGUACAAAACUUACAGUUCUUUUUGAAUAUAUUUUAUAGAAACUUUUACAGAAAGGAAUUCUAUGUCUAAUAGAUUGUAAAUGUUAUGGUGCAAUUGAAAACGGUGCUGUGGAAAUAAUACAGAGCUGUGCCGCCACCUAGUGGUUGAUUAUUGUCUGUGUAUAUAUACUGUGUGUGUGUGUGUGUGUGUGUGUGUGUGUGUGUGUGUGUGUGUGUAAUGAAGUAUAUGUAACUUAGUCACUGAACAUGAUUGUGUGUUACUUCCUCCUGUUGAGUUACCAGGGUGUGUUUCGAAACAAAUCUAACCGCAGAAUGGAACGGGUGAUGCAGGGAAGUAUAUAGGAUAGAUUCUGCUGCUACUCUUUAACAGGAAGCAGAAUAACACAGGAAACCGGAAACGGCCCAGCAGGCUAAAAUAGCACCCUUGCUAAACCACAAAACACAUGAUUAUGCAGGCUGGCUUGUUGGUCGUAAUGACUAAAUAAACAACCAGUAUAAGUGAUGGUUAAAAAUCAGACAUAAGGAAGUGAAACUAUAGACUUAAAGAUCUGAAAGGGUUUUGAAAAGGGUUAUUCGAUGAAUUCACAUUUUAUUUUUAAAUGUUAAUAUUUUGGUUGGUGUUUGGUUUCGGGUGGUUUCUCAUGUAGGUUUCCUCUUCAGGAGGUGAAAUGCUGCUUACUUGGGUCGUCAAGCUGGUCAUCGACUUGGUCAGUUUUAAAGCUUCAACUUUUGUUUGGGGUCAUUUUCAGGCUGCAUGAUUAAAUUCCUCCGAAAUUCAUUAUGAUUCAUUAUUAUUGGUAGAGACAAGGUUCAUGUAAACUUCCUGUAAAAUAAAUUAAACUAAACUGCUGCUGAAACAUCAAUAAUGAUUAGUCAGAAUGUUCCAGAAGCAGACUUGCCACCCAAACUGUGACACUACCACCACCAUGUUUCACAGAUGAGCUUGAAUAUUUUGGAUCAUGAGCAGAUCUGUUUUUCCUCCACACUUUGGCCUUUUCAUCAGGUUUCUCUUGCAUCUAGAGCUGUUUGGUCUAAUUUCUGUAUUUCGUUCCAUCUGAUUCUUACAGCUGAUAAGUGGUUUGGUUUCUAUAUUUCUGAUCUCGAAGUUGUCUCUAUAUAGUGGAUUUUGGUACCUUCACCCCAGCCUUGUGGAGUUUAUUGGUUACCUCUCUUACAAUGUUUCUGUCAUCAGCUGUUGAGGAACCUGCUCAGCAUCUCUUACUCAAUACACCAGGGUUUGUUUGUUUUUUUUCAGGACGUUCCAAAUGGUUGUAUUUUCCCACUCUUUUGUUUUAGCUUGCUUUUCUCCCACAGACACUUCUCUGACCUUCAAGGUGAUUUAUCCUUUCUAACAACAAAUGCAGUCUUCACAGGCCCAAACCAAGUGUAGAAAUUCAGAGCUAGUUAUGGUUUAAACAGGACACACCUGGAUAACAAGCCACGUGUUUCAGUAUUUUCGCUCACCUAAAAUUUGGAUGGUUUGAUACAAAGUGUUGGAUGUUGUUCACCACGUCUAGCAGGAAAUAAAAAUCUUCUCCUAUUUCUGAUUUGAUCUCAAAACCAAAUGUGUUCGGUCUACAGCAAAAAUAUAAAAAAUUUUGCUGUUCCAAUAAUUUCAGAGGCAAGUGUAUGUGCUCAUGAAACAAGACACAGGGUGUAGAUACACGGAUGUAAAUAAAAAUAGAACACAAAUAUCCAAGAAAUCAUAAUUGAAUACUCUAUUAUUUAUAGACAAUCUGUGAAUAUUUAUUUAUAUGCUGUAUAUGAGUUCAACAGAUCAGACUUUCAUAACCAUGCAGUUCCUCACCCAAACAGCAGAGCGAGCACCGAGAGGCACAUAAUUAGUCUCUGAAACAGGAACCCGAAACCUAGCAAGAGAGAUGAUGUAAAUUUAUUUCCUAAAUGUUUAGUUAAUUCUGCAAAAAAAAAAAAAAAAAAAAAGAAUAAAAAAAGGGAAGUUUAAAUACUUUCUUCCUAUAUCAUCUUGGGUCAGAUUUUUAAAAGAAACUCUUCAGAAUCUAUGAUCUAAUUAGUGAAUGUUAAUGUUAAUGUUAAUGUGAACAGUAAAUGUUUCCUCUUCUCUAUGAUUCUUAAGAUCUGUCCAAAAAUGGCACUCAGCAGUUUCACCGAAAUCCAGAAGUUUUAAAGUUUUAUUCGUUCAUCCUUAGCAACAGGCCUAAAAUUUGGAUACUGGUUUGGUUUUGUAAAAUGGAACCAAGUAAAUGUAUUGAGAAAUAUUGGAUCUGUAUUUGAGAGCAGUUAUGAACUUGGAGCUUGCAGAUACAAUAUGCAGAUGUGAAUAUUUAGAAUUAGUAGAGCUAAGAUACUCUC